AGGAAUUCGUUCUACUUGAGAACAAGCACAUCAGUUGGCUGCAUGCUUUAUGAUUAGAGAGCGUGCAUGUUCAACGUCAUUUUGCGUGGGCCCCCAGAAUUAAUCAAUUGAAGCGUCGAAUGCUUCACUCGCUCAGUUGACUCAAUCGUCCCUGGGCGGCGCUGAAUACCCAUGAUGGCGUUCAACUGAAAACUAUCCCAGAACCAGAUGUAUCUGCUGGGAAACAACAAGAGACUAAGUGAGGCUUCAUCUAAUCUGUGGACUUUGAAACUUCUAUCUCAUCCCGUCAUUAUCGCUAAAAUAUUUUCCUUGGAAAUCAAUCUCUCACAACGUCUCUGACAUUUCUAAUUUCGAUCGCCAAGUUUUUCUUGUUAUACCCGGCUUCCCGAGUGAAGAUGACACAUCGUACUCAUUACUAGCCGUGUCUCAAAUUACAAGAUUACAACAGUUGUGACUCGCACACAAUUCGGAUCUUUCUCUUUUCAUCGUUAGGCUCAUCAAAAUGUCUUCUGGACGACCUAUCAAAUGUGUUGUGGUAGGAGAUGGUACUGUUGGCAAAACUUGUAUGUUGAUUUCAUACACAACUGAUUCCUUUCCAGGAGAAUAUGUGCCUACUGUAUUUGACAAUUAUUCUGCACCCAUGGUUUGUGAUAGUAUUCCGGUCAGCUUAGGCUUGUGGGACACUGCUGGCCAAGAAGAUUAUGAUCGUUUAAGACCGCUUUCAUACCCACAGACUGAUGUAUUCCUCAUCUGCUUCAGUGUUGUCAGCCCAUCAUCAUUUGAGAAUGUCACAUCAAAAUGGUAUCCUGAAAUCAAGCAUCAUUGCCCUGAUGCUCCAGUUCUUUUGGUUGGGACCAAAAUCGAUCUUAGAGAAGAUCGAGAAACAUUGGCUAUGUUAGCUGAACAAGGCCAGUCUCCUAUGAAGAGAGAACAAGGUCUAAAGUUGGCUUCUAAAAUUCGAGCUGUCAAAUAUUUGGAAUGCUCCGCUCUAACACAAAGAGGGCUUAAACAGGUCUUUGAUGAAGCUGUACGAUCAGUCAUCCGGCCGGAACCGCAGAAAAGGCGUCAGCGGAAGUGUACCUUUUUGUAGGAAAUGGCUUCACCUUACUAAUUCUAUCUGAUGUUAGCGUUCUUGCUAGCAUCGUGCCACUGCACAACACGACCUCUUGCUCGUCUUGCUGUGCAAUUCAGCUCCUGAAUUCCGCCACUUUCCCAAAUUUGAAAAAAAACCGGGAAAUUUCAAUUUUGAAUUCGGCAGGAAUGAUACCUGAAACCACAUUUUUUUUCUUCUUUAAUUUUCACAUUGCGUUUUUGACUGGAACUUUUUUCCCUUUUUUCUUGAUGAGCAUAAAAACCUAUGGAUGAAAUGCGGACAACUAAUGGGCGCGUUGACAGAAGUCGUGAGAUUUCAAGCCAUAUUUUUGGGUUACAUUCAUUUUCUCGUGUUGAUGAGGUUCUUCCAACGUUCACUCCUGUAAUCAGUACGCUUCAUCUACGAUACAUUUCACAACUUAAGCUUAGGCUUGUAAUGUUUUCAAUGCAAUCAUACAUCAGGACUGCUUUGGUUUAGUGACUUGAAAAAUGCAUUCAAUUCCUUUAAAUUUUGAACUUUUUUCUUUUGUUCUUGCUGCCUUCUAGUCACGCUAUACUCUUUUGACGGCCCAAACUCGUUCAUUCUCCAGUUAACGCUAUUUCAGCUUUAGCUACUUGGAUUUUUGGCUCAUUCUGUUGCUCCAGUCCGUCAAUGUUUUCCUUUUCACUGGCAUCUAUCUUUCCUCCAUUGACAGAAUGCAACUACAUAUUUCUGUUAGAAUCCUCUCUGAAAUAUAGACUAAUUUCAUUGGUUUUA